AUGUCGGACAAGCCGGAGAGCAGCAAGACUCAACUCGAAGAGCAUCUCAUCCAACCAUUGUUCCAAAAGGAUUUCUUGUCACAGUUGCCAGUGGAGGUUGCUUAUCGCAUCAUCGGCUAUUUGACACCGUGCGAUUUGACGGUUUGUGCUGGCGUUUCGCGGACGUGGCAGCGAAUUUGUGAAGAUGAUCGGACGUGGCGAAAGAAAUGUUUGGAGAAAGGAUAUGUGAAAUUUGAUGCGCCAAGUUUUCGUUUUCUCGGAGGCUGGGCGACGAAUCGAGCAAAUGAGGAAGCGGGAAUCACAAUCUUCUCACAUAUGGACCUUCAAGAAGCACACCAGAAUCGACGAGAACGCGAGAUCGCAUAUGGACAGUGUUAUGGGCGAUCGCCAUGGAAGUCGUUGUACUUGCGGAAGCAGCGAAUCAUUUCCAAUUGGCGCGCCCGAGCGAUUCAAGCAAGCACUGUCCAAAAGGCUCGCGAUGAUAAUGCGGUCGAUCAUCUACAAGUUCAGUCUGGUCGUAUCGUUACUGGUUCAAAAGGUAAUACGUUGCGGAUCUGGAAUGUUGAUGAUGCUCAACCGUCUUUCACUCUAACUGGCCAUAUGGGUGCUGUUUAUACGUCCCAAGUGAGCGAUGAUGGCAAAUACAUUGUCAGUGGUUCGACUGAUCGAACGGUGCGCGUUUGGUGUGGUCAAACCGGUGUACAGCGUCAUGUUCUCCAGGGGCAUACGAGUAUUGUUUACUGCAUAAGUCUACAUGGCACAACUCUUGUUUCUGGAUCGUCGGAUCAAACGCUCCGAGUCUGGGGCAUUGCCGACGGGAAAUGCCUUCACAUUUUGGCUGGUCACUUAGAGACGGUUUCGUGUGUACAAUUUGAUGGAAAGCGGGUUGUGUCUGGUGCCUAUGAUUUUACUGUAAAGGUUUGGAAUGUACAGACUGGGGAGUGUUUGCACACGCUGACGGGUCACACGAAACCAGUCCUUUCACUUUUGUUUGAGCCGGAGCGCGAUCUUGUCGUCUCGGGAAGUCAGGAUGGAACGAUGCGCGUCUGGGAUGUGCGAAGAGGAACAUGCAUCGCAAUUCUUAUCAGUCAUGAAAGGCCCUACUGUGGCAUGCAACUUCGCGGAAACAGUUUGGUCGCCUGCUAUACCGGCUCGGACGUUGGGGUUUGGGACAUUCGUGAGGGUGGUUCAUGCAUUCAUCGCCUGCAAGACGCAAAUGGUCACACGUUCAAUAUCGCUUCAUUGCGAUUGCUCGACUCGGGGCUUUUGGUGUCAAGUUCUUACGAUGGCUGGGUCAAGCUGUGGGAUGUGGAUAAAGGUAUCUUUGUUCGUGACCUCGUUCGUCUUCAGGCUGGCAAUCCCAGAAUUCACCUCUUUCAUUGUGUUGUCAAUGACGUUUUCGAGAUGUUUAUUGCAACAGACAAAACC